AUCUGCUUAAAAUACCGGCAUGGAAUAAAAAAAAGUUAGAUUUAAUUUAUCUUAAAAAAACAAAACAAAAUAAUUUAAAAUGUUAAAAACAUGUAGGUUAACAUUGUGGAAACUCAAGAACAAUCAUUAUCAAUUGAAACUGCAUGCAACAACAACACGUUUUGUUACAUCCAAGGCUAAUGAAAAUUCCAAUCAAAACACCAAUACCGAUGAAAAACUGAAAGAUUUUGAAAAUAUACCGGUGGAGCAUAUACGAAACUUUAGUAUUAUUGCUCAUGUUGAUCAUGGCAAGAGUACAUUGGCUGAUCGUUUGUUAGAGUUGACAGGCGCCAUAUCACGUAACUCUGGCAGCCAGGUAUUGGACAGUUUACAAGUUGAAAAAGAACGUGGUAUAACGGUGAAGGCGCAAACGGUCUCCAUAUUCCACACAUAUAAAAAUGUCAAGUAUUUACUUAAUUUAAUUGAUACACCCGGUCAUGUUGAUUUUUCCAAUGAAGUCUCAAGAUCAUUGGCCGCCUGUGAUGGUGUUAUUUUGUUGGUCGAUGCAUGUCAUGGUGUACAAGCUCAAACGGUGGCAAAUUAUCAUUUGGCUAAGACACGUAAUUUGGCUGUUGUACCGGUGCUUAAUAAAAUCGAUAUCAAACAUUCCAAUCCGGAGAGAGUUUGUAAAGAUUUGAAAAAUUUAUUCGAUAUUGAUACAGAUCGGGUUUUAAAGGUUUCCGCCAAACUUGGUACUGGUGUUCCAGCUGUUUUAGAUAGAGUAAUUGAAGUGAUUCCCCCACCCAAGGUAGAUCGCAAUUCGGCAUUUCGUGCUCUUUUGUUUGACAGUUGGUUUGACCGCUACCGUGGUGCACUGAAUUUGAUUUAUGUUUUAAAUGGAAAACUAGAAGUUGGUCAAGACAUUCAGUCUUUGAAUACGAAAAAGGUGUAUCCAGUUAGGAGUAUUUCAUUGCUAACACCCGUCGAAAAUGAACUCAGUUGUGUUUCUGCUGGUCAAGUUGGCUUAAUCGCUUGCAAUAUGCGCAACAGUAAGGAAUCCAUUAUUGGCGAUACAAUACAUUUGAAAAACGAAAAAUGUGACGCUGUAGGCAGCUUUAAGCCACAACAACCCAUGGUUUACGCGGGUAUAUUUCCAUCGGAUCAAUCGAAACAUGUAGCUUUACGUGUUGCCAUCGACAAAUUAAUUCUCACUGAUUCAGGUGUUACAGUGAAAGUUGAUUCCAGUCCUGCUUUAGGCCAAGGUUGGCGUUUGGGUUUCUUAGGUCUUCUGCAUAUGGAAGUAUUUUGCCAGCGUCUGGAACAAGAGUUUGGUGCUGAACCGAUAAUAACUGCACCUUCGGUAACAUAUCGUAUCAUAUUGAAAAAUCCCAAAAUGAUUAAACAAAUGGGCUCGGAUACCAUGGAAAUAUCAAAUGCCGCCUUGUUUCCCGAACCCAUAAACAUCAAAGAAUAUUAUGAGCCCUUAGUUAAAGGUACAAUUAUAACACCCAACGAAUUUGUGGGUCAAAUUAUAAGUUUGUGCGUGGAACGUAGAGGUGUUCAAGAGAGUUCUAUAAAUAUUGAUAACGAUCGUAUGCUCAUGAAUUACAUACUGCCUUUAAGUGAAAUCAUUUUAGAUUUCAAUGAUCUUUUAAAAUCGUUAAGUUCCGGUUAUGCUAGUUUCAAUUAUGAAGACUAUGGCUAUCAUUUAACAAAUUUAGCACGUUUAGAUAUUCAUCUCAAUGGAAAACCUGUAGAAGAGUUGUGCCGCAUUGUACAUGUUACAAAGGCCAAAGAUGUUGGUCGUGAUAUGACAGCUAAGCUUAAGGACAUGAUACCCAAGCAAAUGGUACAAAUUGCCAUACAAGCUUGUGUGGGCAGUAAAGUAUUGGCUAGGGAAACCAUAAAAGCCUAUCGUAAAGAUGUCACCGCUAAAUUGUAUGGUGGCGAUGUAACACGUCGCAUGAAGUUGCUUAAACAACAGUCUGAAGGCAAAAAGAAAAUGCGACAAUUUGCCAAUAUUCGUGUGCCACAUGAAACAUUUAUCAAUGUGUUAAAACGUUAAACGGAUCAGAAUAUGUGAUGGCUAGAAAACAUCAAAAUAUUUUGGAUGUUUGAACUAGAUUUAAGAAAAUGCCGUGAGUUUUUAUUUUUCCUUACUCUUUUAUUUUUAAUAAAAAAAAAACACAUUUGUAUUGUCUAGUUACCAUUAUAGUAAUAGAGCUUCUUACAAGAUUAUUUCAAUUUAAAUAUUUUCAUUUUCUGAUUUAUCUAAUAAAAAAUUGAUUGCAUUGUUUAUGAGCUCAAUCUUUUAAGAUGAACAUACAUUUUUAAACAUGUGUCCUCCCUAAAAAGUA